ACUUUGCUGCCAUUAAUAAACCUAAUGAUAAACCUCAGGUUUAUGCCACUGUGACACCAUUUUCUUUUUAAAGUUUUUUAUGACAUUUCUUGACCAAUCUGUUUGUUCGUCUGUCGUCUCCUCGGCUCAGGAUCCGUCUGCAGCAGCUGAGGACACAAGCGAUCAGGAAGUGGUUCUGAUAAAGGAGGAAGCGGUGAAAACAGACGUGGACGACGAUGAUGAGGGAGAAGAGGAGCUGCUCAACAAGGGCGGGCCCGAGGAGCAGCCCUCAGCAGCAGAUGACAGUGACCAGGGACCCUCUGGGAUGAUGAUCUCCACCUCAGACAUGAGGUUCUGGGAUCAGACCAGUAACGGAACGUCAGAACCACCAGUGGACCACAGAGAUUCCCUCAGUGCGCCAGGCUCCCCGGGUCCCGCGGAGGUCGCUGACAGCAGCUCAUCGGACGUGGUGGUGUUUGACCUGGCAUCAGAGUCGGACUGUGACGCUCUGUCCUCGGCCUCGUUGAGGAAGCCCUUCUUGCUCGGGGCGGGGGAAAGUCCUGCCUCGCUGCCUGGGACCUCUGAGCUGAAGCGGGGCGUGUCUCUGAUCAGCUCCCUCCCCUACGACACCAAGCUGGACCUCUGCUCCUCAUGGCCUGGGCAGGGCCUCCCCAGCAUGGUGCCUGUCCCACACCGGCCGUAUCUCAAAGCGGACCACCGUCCGACACUCAUGGACAAAGUGUGUGACUUGAACGCUGCAGGCUUCCCCUUGACACUGGGCCUAGGCAGCUCCAGACUGGACCCUCUGGACCUGAACAGGUACUGCAGGGACAGACGCUUCAUCUGCAGCUACUGCGGGAAGUGCUUCACGUCCUCACGGAGCCUGGAGACACAUGUCCGCGUCCACACGGGCGAGCGGCCGUACAGCUGUGCUCAGUGCGGGAAGCGCUUCACGCAGUCGGGUCACCUGAAGACGCACCAGAGCGUCCACACCGGAGAGCGGCCGUUCGCCUGUGAGGAUUGUGGGAAAAGAUUCGCCGGGAAGCAGAACCUCAGGAUCCAUCAGCAGAAACACCACCCGACCGAGCAGGGAGGGGCCGCCGCUCAACAUCCUGCUGUGAUCCGCUGAAACACGCACCGAUGGUUCUGUGCUGAGGAAACGACCCUGGACUGUGAUGGACCACAACCCCACUGCUCGUUUAACAGAACUCUCUCAACUAGAAGGCCUUUUACAGAGUUUAGAGAAGAACUGCUGCUUUUGCAUAGAAAAUCUGAUCGAUAGUAGUGACCGUUUAAUUUAGGCUUUAGUUAUUUUUAACUCUGAUCUGCCUCGGAAACAGAACAUUGACUGUGAUUUGAUGUUGAUCAAUUCUUACCUCAUGAAGACUGUGGAGUGUUCAGAUCCCGUCAGGACUCGGGAUCGAGAGCUGCCAGAUGAAAACAGCUUCCUGUGGAAGAAGCAUGUGGAUGUUCACUGGGUGUUUAUCUGGAAUAAAACGUCAGCAAACUGGAA